AUGACGACGGCCAUCUCUGUCUUCUUCGGGGAGACAGCCUCGGCCUUCUACUGCGCCUCCCAGACCUCUACGUCGCCCAGGCCGCUCGACAACUGUGUCGCGCUCUUCUCCCUAGUCUUCUUCUUGGCCGUCCACAGCGCCGGCAGGGCCUGCUUCAGCCUCGUCUACGUCGACCUCAUCACCCCGGCCUCCCGGGGCUGCUGGUCUCGCUUCACCAUCAUGUUCCGCCGCUUCCGCGGGUCGCGCUUCGGCGUCGUCUCGGUCCCUGCCGCCAUGGUCGAGCUCCUCGAGUUCCUCGGGAAAGCCAUAGCCUACGCCUACCACCCGAACCGCAUCCUAGCCCCCGAUGGGCUGAUGCUCCCUCCGGAGCUCCACGGCCGCGCGUCUGGCCCUCGGGUCUUGGCCUGGAUCCAUAAGAGCGAUCAGAGGGAUAGGGAGUCUGCCACAUCUGUUGCUGCCGCUGUUGAUACUUCCGCCGAUACUCCUCUGAUGAAGAGGGCCCCUGACAACGAUAUAGAAAAGGGAGUCGACGACGGCGACUACGACGAGGACGGUAGCAGCUACAACCGCAAUAGCAGCUACAACCACGACGACGAUAACAGCCACGGAGACAGCUAUAUCAGUUACAAUCGCAGUGACAGCAACGAUGAGAAAGACAUGUCUUGUUCUCUCCACGCCAUCUCACCUGGAAAGACAAGCGACGGGCUGGACAAAGAAAAAAGAAAAAAGAACGCCGAGCACGACAGCUUCAAUUCCAGGGCCAUCAGGACACUCACACGAGGCCCACGUUAUUGA